AUGCCUCCCAAGUUCGAUCCCAAUGAGGUGAAGAUCAUCCACCUGAGGGUGACCGGUGGUGAAGUCGGAGCCCAGUCUGCUCUGGCUCCCAAGGUCGGUCCUCUUGGUCUGUCUCCCAAGAAGAUUGGUGAAGAUAUCGCCAAGGCCACUAGCGACUGGAAAGGUCUCCGUGUGACGGUCAAGCUCACCAUCCAGAACCGUCAAGCUCAGAUCUCUGUUGUCCCUUCGGCGUCUUCCCUGGUCAUCAAGGCCCUGAAGGAGCCUCCUCGUGACCGCAAGAAGGAGAAGAACAUUAAGCACACCAAGUCGAUCCCCUUGGAUGAGAUCAUCGACAUUGCCCGCACCAUGCGCAGCCGCAGCUUUGCCAAGGAGCUGAAGGGCACUGUUCUGGAGAUCCUGGGUACUGCUUUCUCUGUUGGCUGCCAGGUUGAUGGCCGCAGCCCGAAGGAAGUCAGUGACGACAUCAAGGCCGGAGAGAUUGACAUUCCUGCCGAGUAA